AUGAUGGUCAAGAACGUCUGGGAACCAGUGGGCCUGGGCCUAGCCCUUCUCCUCCUGGCGCUGGAGACCUCCGUGACAGGCAGUGCUUCCCACAGCUGCUAUGGGACCCCUGGGCUGCCUGGCACACCUGGCAUGCCUGGCAAGGAUGGCAGAGAUGGGAUGAAAGGAGUCAAAGGCGAACCAGGCAUUCCGGCCAUUCCUGGAACCCGAGGGCCCAAGGGGGAGGAAGGAGACCCCGGCAGCCCCGGCCUGCCAGGAAAAACUGGUCCCAUGGGUCCCCCUGGCACCCGGGGAGAGCCGGGCGAGCAAGGCCAGCCUGGAGGGCCCGGCAUGCCCGGCAAUUACAAGCAGAAGCACCAGUCAGCCUUCUCAGUAGCGAGGCGGACCGGGCAGUACCCGGACAAGAACGCCCCUGUGGUGUUCAACCACGCCAUCACCAACCUCAACCAGGACUACAACAUCACCUCGGGCAAGUUCACGUGCCGCGUGUCCGGCCUCUACUACUUCAUCUUCCACACCUCCCAGACUGCCAACCUCUGCGUCAACAUGUACAAGAACCGGCAGAAGGUGGCCAGCUUCUGCGACCACAUGUCCAACAGCAAGCAGGUCAGCUCCGGGGGCGUCCUGCUGCGCAUGGACGCCAGGGACCAGCUCUGGCUGGCAGUCAACGAUUACAACGGCAUGGUGGGCAUCGCUGGCUCCGACAGCGUCUUUUCCGGCUUCCUGCUCUUCCCAGACUAG